GGAGAGGGGUUCCCCCGUCCCCUCUGGGAAUAUGGCGACCGGUGGCUACCGGACCGGCGGCGGCGGCGGCGGCACCGGCACCUCCACCACGGACUUCCUGGAGGAAUGGAAGGCAAAGAGGGAGAAGAUGCGAGCCAAGCAAAGUCCCCAGGGCCUGAUUGCGGUCCCCGCGAGUGUGGUGGGAGGCGGAGGGGUGGCUAGCGACGGGGUCAGCAAGCUCCUGGCCGGAGCGCUGGGGGCUCCCCCCUCCUCCGCCUCGCCGGCCCCCCCGGCCAACGAGCUCAACAACCUUCCCCCCGGCGCGCCGGCACCUGCUGCCUCCGCCCCCGGGGGCGCCGGUUACACGCUGCCCUCGGCCUCGGGCUCGGCCGCGGCCCGAGCCCCCGCGGACCCCCGCAGAGCCGAGGAGGAGCUCCCCAGCACCUCCGCCGCCGGGCCGGCCGCGGCCGCCUCGCCCCACGGCCCCCCCGCUGCGGGGAGCCGAGCCGGCCCCGAUGCCGGGGCGCAGCCCCCCUUGGGCGACAGGGAGGAGCAGGACAGUGCCAAAGAGAAAGGGAAGAGCUCGGGCCCCAGCGCCAGGAAAGGCAAGGGGCAGAUCGAGAAGAGGAAGCUGCGGGAGAAGAGGCGAUCCACGGGAGUCGUGAAUAUCCCUGCAGCCGAGUGUCUAGAUGAAUAUGAUGAUGAUGAAGCAGGCCAAAAAGAGAGGAAAAGAGAAGAUGCUAUCACACAACAGAAUACAAUGCAGAAUGAAGCUGCAACGUCAGAUGCUGGUGGUUCAUCCCUAUUGCAGGAAACAUCUAGGACUGUUUCAAGUAGAUAUAAAAGCACAAAUAAUACCCCUGAAGAUGAUGUCUCAAGUCGAUACUCUCGAAUGGACAGGGCAGGGUCUAGGUACAGCAGGGAUCCAGCUGCUUCUGCUAAUUUAGUCAUAUUGGAAAAGAAAAUUGAAGAUCUUGAAAAGGAAAUAAUAAAAGAGAGACAAGAAAACAUAAGACUACAGAAACUGAUUCAGGAUAAAGAAGAAUUAAUUGGAAAACUCAAAGAAGAAAUUGAUUUAUUAAAUAGGGACCUAGAUGACACAGAAGAUGAAAAUGAACAGCUAAAGCAGGAAAACAAAACCCUUUUGAAAGUGGUCGGACAGCUGACAAGGUAGAAAGAAGAUCCCAGCCUCAGUGAGGAGAAUGAUUUGUAAAACUACUGAUUGAAUGUUGAGGUCAAUGCUAGGGCAAUAUUUCCCAUGCUGCAAUACAUUAAAAUAACUAAGAGUAUAUUUAUUUCUUGGAAACUCAUGGAUGUUUAUUUUCAUAAUAUUUUUCUUUUUCAGUAUCAAUAAAAAUAAGGUAUCCACCUCAUUUCAUGAAUAAGCAACAUUUUUCAGUUAUUGAAAUAGUUGAUAAGGGGCUAGGUAACAUAUGUGGUCCAAAAUGGCUCAGACUAUGUCUUCGCCUCUGGUGAUAUAUCUCCCUCCCAUCCUCAAAAAAAAAAAAAAAAAAGUAAAGAAAUAGAAGCAUAAAAGCUUUGUUUACAUGGAUGCAAAUAUAUUUGGGGAGUUACUUGCUGUUUGAACAGCUGUAAAGUGCUGAUGCCUUAUUAGUGAUGUGUAACAUUUUUGCAUAUUGAUGGCUCACUCUGACAAAAAUCUUGGUAUACCAUUGUUCGUGGGGGUUUGUUUUUACUUAUUCUAAGAGAUUAGAAUAAUAGGCUAGCUCUGUUCUGUAUUGCAGUCAUCUUUUUAAAGGAAAGCUGUUAUGAAAUUACAGUCAAUGUCAUGUAGUAGAGUUCAGCUAGAUAUAAUUUUUUUUUUUUUUUUUAGAGAAGUACUUGAAUUGUGCUCCAUAGUAAGUACAAAUUUACCGUCUUGGGUCUGUAUAUUGAGAAUUUAAAGAAAGCGCUUUAACUUCUGCAAAAACGUACAAAUGUAAUGUUUAUGUAAAUGUUCUUUAUGAAGUUUGUAGGUACUAUUUUUUAUUGUUUGGAGAAGGUUUAUUAGAACAUGUUUAUAAAGAGAAAGAUAAGAGAACAUGUUUGUAAAAAGGAAAAAAAAAACGGAAGUUCGUUGUUCAAGCCUAUACACACUUUCAGUUUAUAAUAAAAUACGUAUUCUUAACAUCUUUUUGCCUUAAAAUAAAAAUGAAAAUGUUUAUCUGGAUUUAAACAAUUAUGGUAUUACAUGAGCAUUAACUAUUACUAAGCCUAAUGUCAAUUUCAUUCCGUGUUGUCUGUUACUAUAAUUGAGCUAAGAUCCAAUGUGAUGUAUUUUGUCCUUUUCUAACUAGGGAUUUCCCACCCCAAAUUGGAAGCAGUUCUAUUCGUUAUUUUGGGAUUUUAGGAACAAAUAAGAAUAUUUUUCUUUUAAAGAUUUACAAGUUGUGAACAUAUCAUUAACUUGAAUUUAAUAAUAGUGGAAUGCUCUUUUGGGGAGGAACGUAUUCUAAUACUCUAGAAAUAGCCUAACAUUUGGAUCUGUUUUGAACCUUUAACAUCAAUACAGAAAUUUUCCUGAUUUUUCUCAGCAUUUCUACCUUCUAUAGAUAAUGUCCCAGAGUGCACAUUUCAGGUCUAGACCAAGAGAGAGCAGAUUCUGGCUACAUCAUUUAACCCCCAUCCCUUUGGUUAUCUCCCACCAUGCCUGUCCUUUGUACUGAGAAUAGUUGUUUUUACUUAACUGUAGUUCCUCCACAAUCUUAUUUCUAGGCACUGUGCCUAGAAACUCCAUACACAAAGACAAAAGUAAAAUGGUUCCUGCCCUCAAGGUGUGUAUAUUCUAUUGGCUCGUAAAUUGAUGCUGGAUAAUUCAUAGGUUAGAGGUUAAAUGUUUUAGACCAUUGCCAUAGGUUUGGCAGUUUCCAACGUGUGUGUCAUAGAGUUGUAAAACAGGCUCAACUGCUAACUUGUAGAAGUUGCCGCUCACUGUCUUUGGCCUCCUGAAUUCCUCCUCUGGCCACCCAUGGUUGAGUGACAGAGAUAUCAAGAAAGUACAGAUUCAUACAUACAUAACCCACUCACCCAUAUCCCAUGAAUCCUCCAAGACAUGGAAAUACCCUAUGAAAUUAGCGGCCGUUUACGCUUCUGGGUGGUUUUUUGGUUUUUUUGGGUUGUUGUAGGUGGUGUGGUGGUGGUGGUGGCAGUGGUGAUUCUUUAAAGUUAAAACUCAUAAACUUACCUAAAUAAAUCAAAUUUAACGAGG